CCUCUUUCUCUCUCUCUCUGUUGCUGCGGCGAUGGCAUUGCUCAGCCGUAUGAGAGCGGCGGCUCAGCCACUUAUUCACACUUCUCCUCUCCGUUCUUUCGGAUCAGCUGCGGCGGCUCAGUUAGCUGACUAUGAUUACGAUGAUUACGAGUACUACGAAGAGACACGUGUAAUGGAGGAAUCUGAGGGAUCAGUUCCAAGAAGGGGAGUGCAGUGGGUGAUUAUGGGUGAUCCAAUGGCACAGAGACACGUGUAUGCACAGUGGCUAUCGAAGCUUCUAGAUGUUCCUCAUAUUUCAAUGGGUUCACUCGUUCGUCAAGAGCUUCACCCUCGUUCUUCUCUCUAUAAAAAGAUAGCGGAUGCUGUCAAUCAAGGAAAGCUUGUCCCAGAAGAGGUUAUAUUUGGCUUGUUGUCAAAGAGGCUAGAAGAAGGAUAUUGCAGGGGUGAAAGUGGAUUCAUCUUGGAUGGAAUUCCUCGAUCAAAGAUUCAAGCUGAAAUCCUGGACAAAAAUGUGGACAUAGAUUUAGUUCUGAAUCUUAAGUGUGCAGAGGAUUUGGUGUCAAAGAAAGAUAAAAGCACUGGCCUUUAUCCACCUCUGGAUUUCCUCCGCAGGGGCACUUCUGGAAUUAAUAUGAGUCGGCAGCCAGAGGCUGGUCAUUUUAGGCCUUCAAGUAUAAUGGAUGAUGUCUCGAGGAAGAAGCUGCAUGUGCAUGCGGAGCAGGUCAAGCCGCUGGAAGAAUACUACAGGAAACAGAGAAAACUCCUUGAUUUUCAAGUAGCUGGAGGACCUGGAGAAACAUGGCAAGGUCUUUUGACUGCUUUGCAUCUUCAGCACAGAAAUGGAGUUGGUUCUACACAGUUGACUGCAGGAUGCUGAUUUGAUUUUCUGCUGAUCUUCAUUCUUUUUGCAAGCAAUAGUAGAUAUAGGACAUAUGAGUGGAACAAACUCUUAAGAGUUUGGGCGGGAAUACGCUUAAUUUUUCUUUUAUUUUUGUUAAAAAGAGUGCAACCUAGUUCUAUCUGUAGAAGAGAGAAAACAGUAAGAUGCGAACAUUAGACAAGCUUACAGUAUACUCUCCAUAAAUAGAUUUCUACAAAGCGCAUUUUUUGUGAAUGCUUAUGUUGUGUGUAAAACAUCAAAUCCAUGGAAAUGCUACGUUUAUUAGCUAU